CGGGGUGAAGCUACGCCAGUGGCAAAAGGUACUUACUCAGCACAUAGCAAGCAUCAAGAGGCCCAGCUCGCCUCAGUUUUCACCCUCUGCUGGGCACUAACCUGUCACCACGCACCGGACAGGACAGCACAGCGCACGCCUGAGGCCAGUCGCCAGCGCGCCCUCUCACCACCGUCGACAUGAUGGGCAUUCGACCCCACAGCCCCGGGCCCCAGCCUGCUCCCUGGUCCCGACUUCAGCCCGAGGGACCCAGCCCUGCCAAACGACGCCGCCUGGAGGGCCAGGGCCUCGCUGACCCGGAGACCGGCGCUGAGUCCGGCCUGGAAGACGCCGCGGAUCCGCCCGCCGCGCCUGCGCUCACCUCUAUGGUGAUCCUGUCAGAGAAUUGCGCCCUGCAGCUGCCUCUGGACGGCUUCAGCCUGGUGGUCGAGGCCAUGCCCGACUCGGUCCUGCAAGUGACUCUGCAAGACCACACUGUCAUUCUGGUCCACCAGGACCUCCUGGGAUCCAUCGACCAGAGCUCCGAAGGGCAAAGUGGCUCUCCUGACGGCCUGGACGGAGGCGCCUUGCUAGGCAGUCCUCUGGAGAACGACGUCGUCGUGGCGGUCGUGGAGCAGCAGGAAAUCUGUGCUUCUGUCCCGGAGAUCGCUGGCCAAGAAGAGGUCUUAGAAUGCGACGAGGUCGCCGAGUUUCUGGCACCCUACAUGGACCCUCCAGCUGGCUUCAGUACUGGGCUCCUGUUCCGGUCUGCAGCAGUCCAGAGCCCUGAUCCGCAGGGCUCCAUCCUACAAUCCGCGACUCUGGUGCACAUCAGUCCUUUCGAAAGCGGCUCUCCUGGCCUCAUCUUCGACCAGGACUUCCAUCUGGUGAGGCCCUACCCCACCUCACCGCUCCAGCCUCUGCCUCCCUUUCCCAGUCCUGGUCCUCAUGAGCGCCCAGUGCGCCCUCCAGGUCCGCACCGCAAAGCCCGGAGACGCCUGUUCCAGGUAUGAAUGGCCGCCUGCAAUCGCCUGUGACCCAAGCGAAGGUCUUCGCAUAGCUGUUUUUCGUGAACUAACCAAGCUACAAGGAUACAUAAUGGACAGUUUUUAAUGUAGGCGACAUUGGGAUUCUAAAUCAGUGGGUGGCUGUUUUAGAAAGUCUGAAGACUUGCUGGGUGGUCAUA